CGGAUUUGUCUCCAACUCCCAACAGCCAUGAGCUUUGCACCUACUACCUCCCAGACGAUCGCCUAUCUUCGGACUCUUCCAUCCAUUCGUGAACGAUGCAACCGUGUCUUCGAUCUUGCUAAAGACGAUAAACUGCAGUAUUUCACAUAUCAUCCUGAGAAGGAGUCCGAUGUAACUGCCUACUGUGUCGAUAUCAUACGACGUGACUUUGGGACCCAAUACGAAACGGUGAGCAGGAUAUGUUGUGUCCGCCGAGGUCCAUAUCUCCCCUCUAAAUGACUCAAGAUCCCUCCCCAUGGUCGUUGGCGUCAUCUAGAUGCGGGACGCUCCCGAAUCAACCCAUUGGUGCUGAAGUGGCGUGCUGCUAACGACCCGCCGAACGACAUCGAAAUCGCCAAGCGCUUGAUCGAUCUCUUCCUCGUCGCUGUCCUUCUCGACGCCGGAGCCGGCAAUGUAUGGACAUACACGGAAAGCGAAUCGGGAAUGAAAUUCAGCCGCUCGGAGGGACUCGCAGUUGCCGCAUAUCACAUGUUCGAGGCGGGUCUCUUCUCUGGGGACGCAUCGCAGCCGUAUCGUGUGGACGCGGUGGGGCUUGCUCGUUUGACUCCCGGGGAUGUCGCCCGAGGAAUGCAGGUCGAUGACGAGAACACUUUGGCCGGGCUCGAAGGACGUACCCAGCUGCUUAUCAACCUUGGCACCGCUCUCAGAGCCAGUCCGGAAUUCUUUGGCACUGAUGCCCGCCCGGGAAAUCUAGUCGACUUCCUGGAGAAAGAAUCGAUCCCUUCAUCUCCGUCCCGCAAGGUUCCUGUCGCCGCGUUAUGGCACGCCCUCAUAAUUGGGCUGCAGCCUAUCUGGCCUCCGGCGCGAACUAACUUGGGCGGCGAAUCAUUGGGCGACGUUUGGCCGUGCGCUGCCCUUGCGAGCGAUGCGGAUACCAACGUUUCUUCGACUUUUGUGCCAUUCCACAAGCUAACUGGGUGGCUAACUUACUCACUAAUGGAACCUCUGACCAGUUUUCUCGGCUGGCAAUUCGAAGGUGUCGAGGACAUGACUGGCCUUCCCGAGUACCGCAAUGGCGGGCUUCUGCUGGACCUCGGGGUUCUCUCACUCAAAUCAAAUCCUCCGAUCCCACUGCCUCGAGAUGAGAAGUCAGGACGGCCCAAAUUGGACGCGGGCCAUCCCGCGAUCGUUGAAUGGCGAGCAAUGACUGUGAUCUUGCUUGACAGAAUCCACGCCGCUCUCCGUCUCUCGCUUCCUGCUCCAGAUUUGACAUUGGCUCAGGCAUUGGAGUCUGCAACCUGGAAAGGCGGACGAGAGAUUGCCAAAACACUGCGUGGCCCCGAAGGAGGACCACCCAUUGAUUUGAUCAGUGACGGAACUGUGUUCUAAUCGUAGAAAUAUUAGCAUUGUCAUGGAAAAAGCAAGUUCCAAAGAGGCUCGCGCGAGACAUGUAGUACAGCAUCUAAUCACACAGCCAUUAACCAAUGCAUCGGAA